AUGAUCAAAUUUGUCACAAAACAAAAACCCCUUCUUACCUCUCUCUCUCUCUCUCUUCUUUCUCACUCAUCAUUUUGAUUCCACUUCCAUCUUUUUUGUUUUCCUCUAAAAUAAAUGGGUCUCUAUUAAUAGUCUUUUCUUGAACACAUUUGGUCCAAAAUAAUCAAAUUCACAUUAAAGAUUGAGUUUUUGAUCUAUACACACACUUUAUUCUACAUUUUCCUAUAUUGGGUCAUAUAAAGAUUAGAUUUUUACACAAAAAAAAUCUGAUCUUUAAUUUAUUAGAAUCAAGAAUUGGUCUAUUUUUCUGUAAUUUUGAGUUUUUGAUCUACACCCAUAAUUUAUUAUAUAUAUAUUCCUAUAUUGGGUCAUAUAAAGAUUAGAUUCUUACACAAAAAAAAUCUGAUCUUUAAUUUAUUAGAAUUCCUCUUAUUUUCCUUUUUUCUUGUUAAAAUUUGAGUUUUUUUCUGUGUUUCUGGUAUUUUUUCUAUAUUGGGGUUAAAAAAAGAUUAGAUUUUUACAAAAAAAUAAAAUAAAAUCUGAUCUUUAAUUUAUUGGAAUCAAGAAUCCUCUUUUUUUUUUCUUUUUUUUUUCUUGUUAAAAUUUGAGUUUUUUUUUUUUUUUUUUGUUGAGUUUAAUUUCAAUGGCUGGUGGUGCAAAAGGGUGUAAUGAGAUAGCUAUAAUUGAGGUUUCUGAGCCAAAUGUGAAAUGUGAAUCUGUAGUUAAUAAUAAUAAUGGUGUUAAAAAAGAUUAUGAUAUUGUUGAUCAUAUGUUGAAUAAUCUCAAGUUGAAUCCAAUGGCUAAGGAAUUUAUUCCUUCUUCAUAUAAUCGUGAUCAUAUAAUUUUCAACAAUUUUGUGACAGUUGAUAAGACUCUUGUAGGUGGUGAUGGUAUCAGAAAUAAUAGAAGGAGAGGAAACAACUUUAACCAGGGCAGAAGGAGGAUGAACAGUAGAUCUUUUAGAGCUCAAAGAGAAGAUAGCAUUAGGCGAACAGUCUAUGUCUCGGACCUUGAUAUCAAUAUCACGGAAGAGCACCUUGCUGCGCUAUUUAGUGCCUAUGGACAAGUCGUUGACUGCCGAGUUUGUGGUGAUCCACAUUCCCGCCUUCGCUUUGCUUUUGUGGAGUUUGCUGAUGAAUAUUCUGCAAAAGCUGCACUUAGUCUUUGUGGGACAAUAUUAGGUUUCUCUCAACUCAAGGUUCUACCUUCAAAAACCGCUAUACUACCUGUGAAUCCUACAUUCCUUCCAAGGUCAGAGGAUGAGCGUGAGAUGUGCGCGAGGACAGUUUAUUGUACAAAUAUCGAUAAGAUGGUUUCUCAAGCUGAUGUCAAGUUCUUUUUUGAGACAAGAUGUGGUGAGGUUUCUCGUUUGAGGCUUUUGGGGGAUCAAGUGCACUCUACCCGUAUUGGUUUUGUUGAAUUUGUUAUGGCCGAGAGUGCAAUUUUGGCGUUGGAUCUAUGUGGUGAGAUGUUGGGCUCCCAACCUAUCAGGGUGAGUCCUUCGAAGACACCCGUGAGGCCACGAGUUUCCAGCCCUUAGAUGCAUUAGGCGAUGCGUGGAGUUCAAGGUCUUGAAAGAGAACGGCGCAAGCUCUCUUAGAAGACUUGAGGUCAAAAUGGGAAGGCGAAAUGAAUAUGUUUCUGUAGUGUCCAUGUUCCAUUACCUUGUCAGUUCUAGUACUUAAUUAGUGCUGCCGAACAUGUCUAUUGACCUUUGCUUUUGCUAGUGUAUUAAUGGUAAAUGUCCUACCUUCACUA